AUGGACUGCUCUCGCACCAAUUCAAAUCAUGAACGCGAGGAGUCUUGGAAGCAAUUCAAACAGAAACAGAAACAACAGGAAAAUCAUCAUCCUCAUCAUGAACCAUCCUUGUACUACCUCUGUUAUGUGCACAGCCCUACCUUGGCGCUUCCAUAUGCCAUCGGGAAGCACCUGUACUUGCCCAAUUGUGAGCCUUCCUCCGACUCCAUUCAAGAUUUGUUUGUGACACCCAGCAUGACACCGGAAGAAGCCAAAGAACAAACUGAAAGGCACGGAGUUGCCUUUGUGGAGCAAGUCUUGAGUCCAGCCACCGCCUCCAAUUUGCGGCAAUACAUUCUAAAAGCCAACUAUGAAAUUGAAGGUACCUUUAUCAAGGAGAAUGAGAAUCGAUUUCACAUUAUUCCUGAUCCAAUGAUGGUUGCGGAUGCAGAAGUCGCUGAAUCGUUACCAGUAUCGCCGUCUUCUGACAUUCUUUGA